AUGUGUACAUUAUGGCUUAGAACUGGUGGUCUUAUAGGCCAUAGAAGGCUAAGGGGUGGGCCUGGAAAAAGAUCUGGAAGUGCUGAAAAAGUGGAGUGGACAGACUGGAUUUGGAGUCGGUACAAUAUUCCCAAGACAUCCUUCAUAGCCUUGCUAGCAAUUCUUAAUAAACUUAGAAUCAGGGAUACUUUGUUCAAACAUAGAAUUAGCAAUACUGAUAGAUGCUUGCUGUGUGGUAAUGAUAUUGAAAGUCUACAACAUCUAUUUUUUGACUGUGCUUAUAGCAGAAGAUGUCUGCUGGUUAUCUGUGAUUGGCUUAAAAUUCAGGAAGGUCGUUUCAACAUUAUAAGCACUUGGAAGCAUUGGAAGAAAGAGUUCAAAGAUCCAAUUUUGAGAAAAAUUGGUUUUGCUAGCCUUGCAGCGCUAGUGUAUUAUUUGUGGUCUGCUAGGAAUUCUUUUUUUAAGAAUCAGGCUAUGUCAAUUCCUAAAAUUCUAUGCCAUAAGGCUGGUUUUGAUGGUGCUGUAGAUGUGUUCUGGUUUCUAUGCAGGCUGUUGUCUUUGUCAGGGUCUGCUGGGAGUUGCUGCUCAUGA